UCUGAUAGUUUGUUUGUAUCUCUAUGCAGGUAAUGAAAUAUUUGGAGCCUUUCCUUCUUUCCCUGGAGAAGCUGAAUGAAGUUUCUGCUCGACUCCGGAAAGACAUGAUCCGAGGUCUGGAGAAACACGCGCAUCACAGAGCGGCCGUCAAGAUGUUGCCCACCUUCGUAAGGGCAACACCGGACGGGACUGAGAAAGGAGACUUCCUGGCACUAGAUUUGGGUGGAACAAAUUUUCGGGUGCUUCACGUCAGAGUGAUGGAGGAGCAGAAAAUGCUGAAGAUGGACAGUCAGAUCUGUGCCAUCCCUCAAGAAAUCAUGUUGGGAACUGGAGAACAGCUGUUUGAUCACAUCGCAGCCUGUCUUAGUGAGUUCCUCGACUCUCAGAACCUGAAAGGACAGACUCUUCCACUGGGUUUCACCUUCUCUUUUCCCUGUGAACAGAAAGAAAUCGACAAGAGCAUCCUGAUCCGCUGGACUAAAGGCUUCAACUGCUCCGGGGUGGAAGGAGAGGAUGUGGUGAAGCUACUGAAAGAGGCCAUCCAUAGGAGAGGGGACUAUGACAUCAGUUCAGUUGCCAUGGUGAACGACACAGUGGGUACGAUGAUGAGUUGCGGAUACCGGGAUCAGACCUGCGAGAUUGGGAUGAUCAUUGGAACGGGAACCAAUGCCUGCUACAUGGAGGAGAUGAAGAAUGUGAAGCGUGUGGAGGGAGAGGACGGAAGGAUGUGCAUCAACACAGAGUGGGGCGGGUUCGGAGAUGACGGUUCCCUUGAAGACAUCCUGACGGAGUUUGACAAGGUGGUGGACAGGACUUCAAUCAACCCCGGAGUCCACACGUAGGUUUUAGCUAUUAUAUUUCAGUCGUAAGGUAAGGUAAUUUUAUUUAUAUAGCAUAUUUUCAGCAACAAGGCAAUUCAAAGUAUAAUUUUUUUUUUCCCUAGUGACAGUCCUUUUUUUCUUCACCUUCUUACAAAAUAGCUGUAAACAUGUGGAAAGCUUAUUGAACACUGAGGUUUGAGUAGUAAAAAAAGAUUUUUUCUUUUGCUCUUCUCAAAAAUGUCCCAAUGCAUUUCUCAUGUAACACCAAGGCAGCAUGUUUAGUAGCUGGGAGGAGAUUCUAAAGAUGCACAGAAACAGUUUUAUUUUUCACUGUUCAUUAUCAGCAAAAGAGAGACUUGGUCCUAUCAAAGAGGAGCUGCCAGAAAUCUUGGGCCCCCUGACAAAAAAUUUGUUUGGGCCCCCCUGCGCAGCUGC